AUGUCACAGCUCACUAUCCUCCGCGGCUACAAAGAUCCCGAUAAGAAUGAUCUUCUGUGUGAUUACCUCCGACUCCCACAGUCCUCAACACCGCUGAUAGAUCUAAGCGCAACGUUUGGUGUACACGGCACAAACCAAGUAUUUUACGGGAAUAUCUAUCUAUUCGACCAUUUCUUAUGCUUCAAAUCUUAUGAUUUGCGUUCUUGCGUCGCUACAAUCCCCCUUUACUCCAUACGCAGAGUUGAAAGACUUUCUACCAUCAAUCAGCCUGGUACUCUCGCACUCAGCUUCAUUCUCUGGCACGGUUUGAAGCUUGUUGUACAGCUAAACACCCUCAAACCAAACUCUGAUGACUUUUGCAAUCACCUCAAGCGUUGUCUCAGAGAUCAACUUGGUUUAAUGAAGUCUGUAAAGGGAUUUGCUAAAGGCUGUUACUCUGAGUGGCUCGUUGGUGAGGAUAUCGAUGAUACCAACGAUGCCAACGAUGCCAACGAUGAUAUCAAUCAUGAUCCUACCUCCACUCACCACCACGGCCUCGGCUUCCUAUUCAAAUUCCCCGGUGACCCUAAGAAACUUCGCGAGAAAUCCAAACUCAGACUCUGGAAAGACUACUUUAGACUGCACGGUCGCAAUAUCACUCUCGUUCGAUACCCUCAAUUCACCAGACUCGUUCAAGUCGGUCUCCCCUCCAAAUUGCGCGGUGAAAUGUGGGAAAUAUUGUCUGGUUCUAUCUACGACAGGUUCUCUCACCCUGGCUUAUACCAACAGAUUCUCGAUGAACAUGCAGGCGAGUCGACGAUGGCUACUGACGAAAUUGAAAAAGAUUUGAAUAGAAGUUUGCCGGAGUAUGGUGCAUACCAAGAUCCCGUCGGUAUCAACGCUCUUAGAAGGGUGUUGACGGCGUACAGCUGGCGCAAUCAGGAACUAGGAUACUGUCAAGCUAUGAAUAUACUCGUCGCAGCUUUGUUGAUCUAUAUGUCGGAAGAACAGACAUUCUGGUUCUUGGACAAAAUCUGCACUCGCAUUCUGCCAGGCUACUACAGUGCAUCCAUGUACGGUACACUACUCGACCAGAAAGUAUUCGAGCAUCUCGUACAAAGGACAAUGCCAAGUCUACACGAACACUUUACAGCAUCGGACAUUCAACUAUCAGUCUCUUCACUACCUUGGUUUUUGUCUCUCUACAUUAACUCGAUGCCACUCGUCUUCGCAUUCAGGAUUAUUGACUGUUUCGUCGCUUUCGGCCCUCGCGUUCUCUUCCAAGUUGGAUUGGCAGCACUCAAAGUGAACUCGGACAAGCUUAUGGAUGCCACGGAUGAUGGCAUGGUGUUAAGUAUCUUCCGCGACUAUUUUGCUAAUCUCGAAGAAUCAGUCUCGCCCCAGUCAUCCGAUCCGAAAGUGCUCAAUAUUACAAACUUUUCAGAGCUGCUUGUUGUCGCAUUUAGAGAGUUCAGUGUCAUCACCGAUGACACCAUUAUAGAAGAAAGGAGGAGAUUCCGUGGUGGAAUUAUCAAAUCAAUUGAAUUGUUCUCCAAACGAUCUGCUAUUCGCAAUCUCAAAGACUAUGGAAAGUUUGGUGUGGACGGCGUUAAUAAGAUCUUUGACCACUUUUUCUACGCUCUCUGCAAAACUCCUACUCCUCUAGCCGCCCUUCCUCCAUCGACACCGUCUAAGCUGCGCAUCAGUGAGGAGCUCUCAGACCGUACGGAGACAGUGAUCGACUUGACCACGUUCAGAGUUUUUCUCAGUGACAUUGCAAGUUGGGCGCGUGACGAGAAGAUGAUUACGAAUGGUUUUCAGCAACGUGUCGUGCGCUCAGUACCUGAAAACGAGAUAUACACUAAGAUGUUUCAUAAGUGGGACUACACGGGGAGAGCUGCGCUUGGAUUGCAAGAUUUAGUGAAGGGUUUGAAUGGCGUCAUGUUCAAUGGACUACUUGACAAUAUUGAGUGGUUCUUCACGUUGCAUGACAGCGACAAUGAUGGCUAUCUCACUAAGGAUGAGUUGGUGCAGUUGUCAGAGAGUCUUUUGUUCAUCUUCCGCGCUGAACCUGGCGACGCUUACCUGGGAGCCGUCAGCAAAUUUAUGACCAAUGCCUUCGAGUAUGCCGACAGCUUGAUCGAGCAGCCGCAAGCGGUGAAGGAGGGCGACAAAGAUAAAGCUGAAACAGUAAAAAAAGAAGCUAAACAAAAAGACCCUCUAAGCGCUACAGAAGCGUCUGACAACUGCAUCCCUGGUUCCCCACAGGUUAACAAUGACGACCCAUACAUCAAUCUUCCGACAUUUCGGAUGGUCUGUCUAGCUGAUGAGCUGUUAGAGGCCUUCUUCGAUCAGGAUCUCACACGCAGUUUCAGUUUCGAGCACGUGCCCCAAUCUGCCAUAGACCAUCCCCUGAUUGACCUCAGUACGCUCGACGAUAUUGGCAUCGGCAGCACCGGUCUAGUGGGUAACAUACUUGGCGGAAUAUUCAGCAAGGACAACAAAGAGAUGCUCAAUGGGCUAGCGGAUGAGAUUGGCAAAUCAUUCGGUAAACACCACGUUGAAUACAGACCUGCUUUCGGUCGCGUCAAUAGUCAGGUGGAGGUGGAAGAGAAGCGUCGACCUGCGCCUGAAGAGAAGGACAGCAGUAUCGUAAGUGGAAUGGCUAACCUCCUUUCAAGCACACCGUCAUGGUUCUCGAGAUCUAAAUCCGAUCACGGCAGGCAGGAGCAGGAGCAGGUACAUGAGCGUGAAAUGGUGGAGAAGCCAUCGAGCGGCACUAUUAGCAGCGGCGGUGGCAGCGGUGAACAAGCAGAAGAGGAGGCACUUCUCGAUCACCAACACACCUCCACAAACGGCGAAUCGCACUUGGCUUCCAUUAAAGCUGCUCAGGAGGCCUUGGCUAAUCGUCAAGCAUUUGCUAUCGAUCAGCGCGACGAUAAUGACGACGACGAUACCUUGGACGACUCCCUUCAUUCCACUGAAGAAGCAGGUGGAGAGUUCGCAAUUGGCAGCGAUGAGGAUGAAGAUAUGAUGGAUGAAGUCGACGCUAUCGAUCUCGAUGACCAGCAUGCUAUUGGUGCCGAGGAGGCUGCCAAGAUUCUUAACGCACCCGUCGAUAAAGAUCAGAGGAUCUAG